AUGGCGACCCAAGCAGCGCUGAUUGCCGAUACUAUCGUUGGCAUGAAGCGGGCAUUACGCAGAGAGCGUGAAGAUUCGGGCCCGGACGACGCCAUUACUCAGCCGACGAAUCGCGGUAACAAGAUGAGGGCAAACGCAAAGUAUGUCCGUGAAGGUGCAUUGGGAUACAUCAAUGCAGAGGAAUUCUACAAAGAGAAAAUCGAUCAUGCCGGGUACACACGUCAUAUCUUGCAGCGGAACCCCAUUCGUUACGACUCCGAGGGCGAAGAACUUGACGAGGAAGAUGAAGAUUCUGAGGCCGACGCAGCGGCCGCAGAAGAGAACCCGUUUUCGGGGAUCGCGCUAGAGACGCUGCUUUGCCCACUCAAACACCCCUCCGAAUUACCCGUCCAUCCUUCGUUGUCCCAUCCUUACACCACACAAGCCCUAGAGCAAAUGACGCAAACCGUUGAGGAAAAGUUGCGCCAGGAGAAAGCUCUUCUUUGGCGGGCAAGGAAUUUGCAUCGAAAAUUCCUUGGCGAUGGCAGUUGGAUGCCCUGCGGCCUUGUCGAAACGCUCGACGACCGUUACAUCUUCGAACCUCGGAUCGUGGAUGACAUCAGAAACCUGUCUGCUGGACAACAGAGGCAAAGUGCGCUCGGGACACCGUCUGCCAUUGGUGAUCUGAGUGGGCCACAAGAUUUGCUUUCCACGACGGGUCAACUGAAUGACAGACAGACUGCGACAGCGGGUGAUGUGGAGAUGACUGAAGUGCCUGCGGCGAGUAACGAUGACCUUCAAGAAGCCGUCACCGAAUUCAAAUCAGAAGAAACCGAUGCUAUGGUCAAGGACCUUCCCCAGCAUCCCGCCGAGGACCCAGACCAAGGAAGCGAGACGAUUGACCGUAAUGGGAUCGCCAACACAAAUGGAGAGGCCGCACACCACGAGACCAACGAAGACGAUAACGAACAAGAUACCGAAAUGCAUGAGGGAUCCUCUCCAGAGCCGCCUCGCCGAAUGACGACCCGAGCCCAAGCCAACGCGACCAACCCCUCCGAUGGUAACCAGUCACCACUGUCUGCCGAUAACGCCAGCUUCCUACAAACCCCUCAUCCACUCUUCGUCAUCCCGGAGAACGUCCGCCCCGACGCAAACUUCGGCCUUCCCCCGAGUGAAGCAGAGGAGACUCGUCGCCUGCUGUGGUCAUAUAUUCAGAAGCAAGAGGAAACCGUGCGGGGCUUUGAGCAUAUGCUCGAAUCCCUGCUGCGGGCCACCCACAUGAAGGCCGACGUGCUAGAAUGGUGCAAGGCCGAGGGACAUGUCGGCGAGAUGAGUGACGGCGAGGACUGGUACGACCGAGAGAAGUGGGGUCUCGCCGAGGGCGAGGAUCUCAAGAAGGGUACCGACGAAGACGAAGUCGAGACUGUCGACGAGAGUCGAACGACGGCGAAGAGGGGUCGUGGCCGGCGACAGUGA